AUGGAUAAACAGGAAGAGAAAGAAAAUCAAGAUGCAUUAAUACCACAUCAAAAAGAAAAAGGAAUUCAAGAGACUACCUCUGCAUCAGUACCACUACAAGAGGAAAAUGAACAAGAACCAGUGGUGUCUGAAAAGAAUGUCGAGGAAGAUAAACCAUUAAAACAAGAAGAAAUCGAACAAGAAGACAACAAAGAAGUCGGGCAAGAAGACAACAACGAACUUGAGCAAGAAGACAACAAGGCAACUGAACAAGAGGACCACAAAGAAGAGGAACAACAAGUACUACCGGAAAAUAGAAGACGAAAGCAUAUAGAUGCAGGAAACUCGGAUGAUGAAAAUGGAGACUACCCUGAUUCUACAACGAAAAACGCCCUUCAACAUAAAAUAAGUGACGAGAUUAACAUUUCCAAUGUAACCUUAUUGGAUGAGAAAGAGACCAAACGUAAAGAAUUGGAGGAUAGGAUGGCUAGAGCAUUGAAGUCCAAAAGUGGUGGGUUUCGUAGAAGAAGAAGAGAUGAAGAAAACUUGGAAGAAUAUUUGGAUGAAAAAAUCCUAAGGCUAAAAGAUGAGAUGAAUAUAGCCGCACAAAAGGAUAUUGAAACUAUUGACGAAAGAAUGAAUAUGCAGAGCAAUAUGUCUAAUAAUGAUGAUAAAACAAUAAAACCUGCCAUGGAGAAAAUCAGGUUAUUACCUAAAGUUGAAUCUGUAUUAAGCAAAGUUAAAUUGGCAGACACUAUUUUAGAUAAUAACCUAUUACAAAGUAUUAGAAUAUGGCUAGAGCCCUUGCCUGAUGGAUCAUUGCCCUCCUUUGAAAUUCAAAAAAUUUUGUUUAAUGCAAUCGACCAAUUACCUAUUAAGACCGAACAUUUAAAGGAAAGUGGUCUAGGCAAGGUGAUUAUAUUUUAUACUAAAUCCAGUAGGGUUGAACCUAAAUUGAAAAGAAAAGCUGAAAAAUUAGUUGCUGAAUGGACAAGACCGAUUAUUGGUGCCAGUGAUAAUUAUCGUGAUAAGCGUAUUUUGAAAAUGGAUUUUGAUAUGGAAAAAUUCAAAAGAAAGAGUGCCACAACUUUGAAGCAAAAAUUGAAUAAACCAAACGGUAAUAAAAAACAAAAAACUAACGAGGAUGUGGAAAAGGCUGAAACUUUAUACGAACAGGCUGCCAAAAGAAAAGGCAGAGCUGCAAUCCCAGCACAAAGUACUGCCGACUAUAAAUAUGCCCCUGUUAGUAAUAUAGAUUCUGCUUCCACUAGCCAUCAUCACAAUAUCAGAAGCAGUGGUGUUGGAUCUUCUUUGAAUAAUAAUGAAUUAUAUAAAAGGAUUAAUAAUAAAUUAUCCAAGAAGAAGAGAUCAUAA